UAAAUGGGCCUCUAUGGGCUUUACGAACUGGCCCAAUAAUAUAAUUAUACAUGUAGAUUCAAUACUAUACGUUACAAAAAAAAAAAAAAACAUUGAAUGGUCGGAUAAGAUCUUAUAUGAUACUUUGCAACGGUCGUAGCACUUUCCAUGGCCGAAACCCUAGAAUCGGGCUCAUCAAUGCAGCCCGUAAUCGCCAACCACCCGGAUCCGGACCCGUCGGAGCCCCGGAGCGAAGGCCGAGUGGAGAUCGACACGUCGGCGCCGUUCGAGUCCGUGAGAGAAGCCGCUACUCGGUUCGGCGGAUUCGGUUUCUGGAAACCUUCUCAUCUUCAUAGAAUUCCAGAGACUCCUCAGGACGACAUAGAAGAAGCCGACAUCACGCAACUGGAAGCUCAGGCGGGGUCGCUGGAGAAUGAGCUGUUCGUCAAAGAACGUGAAACCCUAGAGGUUCUGAAAGAGCUUGAAUCAACAAAAGCCACAGUUGAAGAGCUCAAAUCAAAGCUUCAGCAGAAGGAAGCUUCUGAAAAGGAAAACAGUGGUCAGCCGGCCGGUGAGAUAUUGAUGGAGCUGAACCAGGCGAAGAUGAACCUGUGCAGGACAACGGAAGACCUGGCAGGAAUACGUGCAUCGGUCGAGUUGCUGAACAAGAAGCUGGACGAUGAAAGGACUGCACUUGAAAAGGCCUGUGAACGAUUAGCCCAGAAGUCUCUGAAGGUGCAUUCUCUGGAGAAGGAGGUGGAUGGUACUGAAACAAGGCUGAGAUUCGCCAAGGAGAAUUGCCCCGAGAACGCCUCAGAAAUCUUAAAGGGGGUUCAGAGAUUGAGCCGGGAAGCCGAGGAGUUCAAGAAGAUGGGAGAGAACGCCUCAGAAAUCUCAAAGGGGGUUCAGAGAUUGAGCCGGGAAGCCGAGGAGUUCAAGAAGAUGGGAGAGAACGCGAAAUCGGCAGUAGUGAGAGCCAUGGCUGAGAUCGAAGACACGAGAAACAAGAUCAAGACUGCCGAGAUAAGGCUGGUGGCGGCUAGAAAGAUGAAGGAAGCCGCCAGAGCAGCUGAAGCAGUGGCACUUGCUGAAAUCAAGGCUGUGACGACGGGAAGCAAGAACAAUGAUGUAGUGAUGAUCUCGGCUGAAGAGUAUGCUUAUCUAACGCAAAACUCUAAAGAUGCCGAGGAAAAAGCCAGGAAACGAGUGGAAGAUGCCGUGUCUAGAGUCGACGAAGCAAACGUAUCUAAGACAGAGAUUCUGCAGAAAGUAGACAAGGCUGCCAAAGAAAUCACAACCAGCAAGAGGGCACUAGAGGAAGCCCUCGAGAGAGUCAAGGCGGCUAACUCUGCAAAGCUAGAAGCAGAAGAGGCGCUUCGGAAAUGGAGAUCGGAUAACGGGCAGAGGAGAAGAUCGUCGUCGGUGAACAACAGGGCGAAGUUCAAGAACCAUUGUCCUCCACAGCACAGGAGGGAGACACAUCUGAUGGAUGUUAACGGCCUGAAUCUGACAAAAGACGGGUUGCCCUCGGUGCCCGUGCUGAAACCCACAAUGUCGAUAGGGCAAAUCCUGAGCAGGAAGCUGCUUCUGGCAGAGGAGUCGGAAAUGGCUGUGAGACGGAAAGUGUCGCUUGGUCAGAUGCUUGGUAAGGCUGACAACAAUGGGGAAAGCAGUGUGAGCAAGAGGAAGAAUGUUGGCAAAAGGUUGACAGGGAAGAGGAAGAAGUUUGGUUUCGCGAAGUUCUCUGUCUUGUUGAACAAAGAGAGCAAGAAGAAGAAGAAGAAGAUUGCUUUGAACUUGAGGUGAGUGAUUGGUCCUAGUGGUUUGCUGGCUUUGAGAUCUUGUAAUGAAUGUCUCUCUAAUGUGAAUCAGCUGAGCUUAGUUAUAUCUAUGUAUAUCUUGAACCCAACUGCCAUGUCUUGUCUGUAACAACAAUGGCUUCAUCACACAGUUUACUGAAUGCUUCUGAUCCAUUUUAUUCCCUUA